AUGACCAAGGUUGUCAGCGCAAUGCCGAGUUCAUCCAGUGCAGCAGGUGAUCCACAGCAUCUGGUCUGGGGGAGACCAGAGCUCGACAGCUUCAGCUCCAGUUCGGGAGACGAGACCUUCAGCCUUUACGAAGGCACGGAGGGCGACAGGAUUCAACCACAGCGAGCCGAAGCUUCGAGCGGGGCGCACCAGCUGUUGCACGACUGUGACACAUCCAAUCCUUCUAGCUCAACCAGCCAAACCGAAAGCUCGGAGAGCCAACACAACGACGGCAAGAAGGCUGGGCGCAUGGUGGCUUGGGGCAAGGAUCAUGUGAAGAAGUUCUAUGCGGAACUCAAAGCAGUGGCGAAGCACACUUCCCCCACCAAUAGGACCGCUUGGGACGCCACUGCGAAGAAAGUGGCAGAGCUGGCCCAGUUGCUCGAGAGCAAGGACCAGCUACUAGAAUCCGAAGCCGACGAGGAAGAUGAGGCCGACGAUUCAGAGGCCGAGAACCUUGGCGAAGGCAUGUGGUCAGUCGGGUCUGAGCACCAUGCCACAGGGCAAUGCAGGCCCUGCCAUUAUGUCUUUGCGAAAAGUGGCUGUACAAACGGCGCAGCGUGUACGUUCUGCCAUUUCCAACAUCCGAAACGGUUCCGGCCAAGACCUUGCAGGUCCAAGCGAUACAAAUGCAAACGCCUGGCAUCGGUUUUGGACAAGGUGUUUGACAACGACCCUGAUUCUUUUCAAAGUCUGGUGGAAGAGCUUAGCUCCCAAGGUGGCUACCUGAACACGGUUGUCAAGAGCAAGGUAAGAAGCCUGCAACAGCGCUCUCAGGGUCCACAACCGCUGAGCCCAGCACGUCGAGCUCUGAAACCAGGACUGCCAACGCACAGAUUGGCCGAAACACAGGGAUGCGUACCGAGAGGCGCCGGCCGCGAUGUCGAAGCAAGAGCCAGGCCAACUUGGAAAUGGCUCAGUCAUGCCCACGCAGAAGGAAAUCGAAUGGGAUGCCGUUCGAGCGAUGCUGGGGCAGGAGUCGGGCUGCGUCGCUUUCUAAAAGCUGACAGAGCUGCUGGCCCUUCUGUGCCUUCGGCAUCCCGUUGGAGCACCCCGGCGACCAAACCCACACGACCAGCACCCUGCGAUGUGCAGCUUGUUGGGCACCGAAGCGUUGAGACGGCCCAAGUCGUCGUCAACAAGCUCAAGGACAAGGGUCAUCCAUGGUACGAGAAUGUUUUUUCCGAAAUGUUAAUGUGCAUUGCAGGCGCUGCCAUGUUUCAAGUUGCCUUCCGAGGAACGCGGCGUCUGCAUCAUUAA